CGGUCAUGUGAUCAACUGUGUCCAAUCACAGCUGAUCACAUCACUGAUGAUCAGUGUGCCCUGAUGAUCAGUGUAGCCCCAGCAGUGCCGCCUGUCAGUGUCCAUCAGUGCCAGCUGCCAGUGGCCAUCAGUGCCACAUCAAUGCCACAUAUCAGUGCCAACCAGUACACAUCAAUGCCACAUAUCAGUGCCCAUCAGUGCCGCCUAUCAGUGCCAGUCAUUGCCGCCUAUCAGUGCCAGUCAGUGCCACCUAACAGUGCCAGUCAGUGCUGCCUAACAGUGCUGCCUAUCAGUGCCACCUAUCAGUGCCAUAUAUCAGUGCUGCCUUUCAGUGCCCAUCAG